CAACACUUCCCCAGGCUCCGUCCAUCCGGUGCGCGAGCAAACGAGGACGCCGUUUAACCGGGUUAACUUGGCACAGCAGGCUCGGGAGGAACCGGUUGUUGUUGUUAUUGUCUUGAAUGUGUACCUGCGCCUCCCUCUCCCCCCGCCUCCAGACUACCGGUCGGAAGGCAGAGCCGAGAGGGAGAGAGCUGAGACUUGCAGUGGGUCUAACCGACGGGAGCUAACCGCUAAGCCUGGUCGUGGAGCCGUUAACGUCAGCUGCGUCAACAUGGUGACCCUGUGCUCCGCCGCGAGACCCCUCGCCUCGCUGCUGCGCCGACACGUCCUCAGACGCGCCUGGAGUUCCCGAAUCGUGCCCGCCAGGAGAUGCAACCUCUUGGCGUGCUCGAGCAAAUAUGUGCUGUCGCAGAUACAUCCCAUGUGGCAGGAACCCCUCACGAUACCUGGAGGCGACCGCCAGUCCCCCAUCGACAUCGCCGUGCGAAAAAGCGUGUUCGACUCUGAGCUGAAGCCCCUGGUCUACGACUACGACCCGCAGACCUGCCAGCAGAUCUGGAACAACGGCUACUCCUUUCUGGUGGAGUACGACGACACCACCGACAAGUCCACGCUCAAGGGGGGCCCCCUGCAAGACACAUUCCGGUUGUGCCAGUUCCACUUCCACUGGGGGGAGAGCAACGCCUGGGGGUCAGAGCACACGGUGGACCGGAGGCUGUUCCCUGCAGAGCUCCACCUGGUCCACUGGAACGCCGACCGGUACAGUCUGUUCGAGGAGGCAGUGAUGGAGGACAAUGGACUGGCCGUCAUUGGAGUCUUUCUGAAGGUGGGAAAGAGACACGAGGGAGUGCAGAAGCUGGUAGACGCUUUGCCUGCUAUCAGACACAAGGACAGCGUUGUGGAGUUUACCCGGUUCGACCCCGCCUGUCUGUUACCCGCCAACACUGACGACUACUGGACCUACCACGGCUCUCUGACAACCCCCCCUCUGACCGAGUCCGUCUCCUGGAUGGUUAUGAAGCAGCACAUCGAAGUCAGCCACGACCAGCUGGCGGUGUUCCGGAGCCUCCUCUUCACCUCGGCGGAGGAGGACGUGCAGAGAAGCAUGGUGAACAACUUCCGCGUGCAGCAGUCGCUCUGCAGCCGCACCGUGCGCUCCUCCUUCAGCCCUUUUCUACAGGAGGCUGACGCCGACCAGCACGCCCACUGAAGCCACUGGGCCCAGUGCUCCCAGUAACAGACCAGAGCUCCCCGUUAGUCUCCGAGCAGCUUUCCACACUCCCUUCUUUUUUCACUCUCCCAACACAAAUGUUUCAGUUCUACUUAUUGACUGUUUCUGGAUGUACAUCCAGUACAUCCUUUUUUUAUUAUUACAAAUCAGUUUCAUAUAGUGGAGGGAUCAUUUUGAUUUUUUUUCCAAUUUUGGUUUGUGUGCUGUACAUCAAUGACAAUAAGGUGUGAGAACUCCACAGCGCUGCCUGCCGGUCUCAGUCCAUACUGCAGCAGAGUGCUCUGACAUCAGUCUUUAAUCUUUAUAAGGGGCCGCUGGUAGUUUGCAGCAGAAAGCCAAGAGGUUUUAACAUUCUACAUUAAAUAUUGAAUGUAAUUAAAUGUUGUUUAAAUGUAUGUUACUAAUACUCACAAACCUUUUCCCAUUACAUUUUAGCCGAAUAUUCUGGUUGAAAUGUAUUCAUACUUUUUUUUUUUUUACCACGGUGCCUUAAAUAUCCUGCGUGCAGCGCAAACUCAAAGACGCCGCACGAGUCUGUGCGCCGUCUUUGAGGGUUCUCAGCAGAACCGGUGGAGCAGAACUCCCAACAGCGUGCCGACGAGUUACAGGACACGGAGGAGGAACUCAGUAAAGCAGCCGCUGGCUAGACUUUCAGGUAGACUGAAUCGAGUGUUUAUCUCGAACUUCAGUCCGGGUGGUUUUGGUGAGUGAUGUGAUGGCUGAAGUCAAUCAAAGUAACACGAUGCCAUUAGUCCAAUGGCAUUGUUUUGGAUUUUUUCCUAAAUGUAUUUUGGAAAAUUUUAGAAAGAGUGGCUAAUAUCAUACAGCUGGAAUGCAGAAAAGCUACUACUAUUCCAAACAGCUUUUGUAUAUUUUUACAAUUUGAAUCUCAAUGAUAACACCAUGGUCAGCUUUAGUUGGCUGGCUUGGAUCUAGAGCGCCAUUAUGCAAGCUUGCAUCAUGUAAAGAAGUCUUGACCCCCCCGGUGAGUCUCACAGCGCUGUGCUAUUGGAGAAGAACAAGAGGGGUGAGAACAUUUACUAACCACCAACACAUAAAAUAUCGUCUAGUUACACACAAUAUUCACAUUAGUCGUCACUGUCAAUAACAAUUACAGACAAAAGGAUGCCCCCUAGUUCCCAUAGCAGUUCCUAGGAGAGAGAAGUUCCCCAUGAUCCAACCCGUGCCUGUAUUUCCCCAAAAGGAUUCCAGCUGUGGUCUUCGAGCAAUUCCUUAAUGCCUUGCUCUGUGUCUGCCACCACAUCAUAAACUGCGAUGUUGCAACAGAGAUGUAAGUGCAACAUUCACUGUUAAUUACCCUGCAUACCCCGCCUUGCGAAGCCAAAACGAGGUCCAGAGCCCUUCUAUUUUGUAAUACCAUGUGUUUGAUGUCAUUUACUUCCUUUUGCAUUUCGGAAAGUGCUAUUGAAGUGUUAUUCGUGUCUCUUUCCAGCACUGUUGAGAGAGCCAUUAUUUCCUCUUGGCUCCUGUAGGUGCCAUACGAUGGUAUUAGUAUGCUCAAAACCCUUAAACCUAGUGAAAUGGCACGUUUAUGACGUACAUGGAACGGAGCAAGUUCCUUGGAGUCAGCCUGUCUAAUUAGGGGUAUAAGGUAUGCUGAAUAGCAUUUUCCAGUGACUGACUUUUUAUGAAGGUUCCCUAUGACUGGAACACAGCUAUAAGCGAUGCUGCCACAAACUAAAUAAACCUGAGAUCUUUGGA